ACGCAGUGUCCUCGGCGCUGAGGGCAGCGUCCCCUCCUCUGCACUUGAACUCGCCCAGCCGCCGCGUUCUCACCGCCGCAGCGCCCUGGACAAUGGUUCCCCGCCUGCUGCUGCGCGCCUGGCCCCGGGGCCCUGCUCUUGCCCUGGCAGCUCCCUGUCGGCCCCUCAGCGCCGGCUCCGGGCCCGGCCAGUACCUGCAGCACAGCAUCGUGCCCACCAUGCAUUACCAGGACAGCCUGCCCAGGCUGCCUAUCCCCAAACUUGAAGACACCAUUAGGAGAUACCUCAGUGCACAGAAGCCUCUUUUGGAUGAUAGCCAGUUCAGGAAAACAGAACAAUUUUGCAAGAGUUUUGAAAAUGGGAUUGGAAAAGAAUUGCAUGAACAGUUGGUUGCCCAGGAUAAGCAGAAUAAACAUACAAGCUACAUUUCCGGUCCCUGGUUUGAUAUGUAUUUAACUGCUCGAGACUCCAUUGUUCUGAACUUUAACCCAUUUAUUUCAUUCAAUCCUGACCCAAAAUCGGAGUAUAAUGAUCAGCUCACCAGGGCAACCAACAUGACUGUUUCUGCCAUCCGGUUUCUGAAGACACUCCGGGCUGGCCUUCUAGAGCCAGAGGUGUUCCACUUGAACCCUGCCAAAAGUGACACUAAUACCUUUAAGAGACUCAUACGCUUUGUGCCUUCUUCUCUGUCCUGGUAUGGGGCAUACUUGGUCAAUGCAUAUCCCCUGGAUAUGUCCCAGUAUUUCCGGCUUUUCAAUUCAACUCGUUUACCCAAACCUAGUCGGGAUGAACUCUUUACCGAUGACAAAGCUAGACACCUCUUGGUCCUAAGAAAAGGACAUUUCUAUGUUUUUGACGUCCUGGAUCAGGAUGGAAAUAUUGUAAGCCCCUCAGAAAUCCAGGCACAUCUGAAGUACAUUCUUGCAGACAGCAGCCCUGCCCCUGAGUUUCCUCUGGCAUAUCUGACCAGUGAGAACCGAGACGUAUGGGCAGAGCUCAGACAGAAGCUGGUAAGUGGCGGGAAUGAGGAGACCUUGAGGAAAGUGGACUCUGCUGUGUUCUGCCUCUGCCUAGAUGACUUCCCCAUUAAGGACCUCAUCCAUUUGUCCCACACAAUGCUGCAUGGUGAUGGCACAAACCGUUGGUAUGAUAAAUCCUUUAACCUUAUCGUGGCCAAGGAUGGUACUGCUGCUGUCCACUUUGAACAUGCUUGGGGUGAUGGCGUUGCAGUGCUCAGGUUUUUCAAUGAAGUGUUUAAUGACAGCACUCAGACCCCUGCCAUCACUCCCCAGAACCAGCCAGCCAUUACCACCAGCUCUUCUGUCGCUGUGCAGAAACUCAGCUUCAAGUUGAACGAUGCCUUAAAGGCUGGCAUCACUGCUGCUAAGGAAAAGUUUGAUGCCACCGUGAAAACACUCACCAUUGAUUGCAUCCAGUUUCACAGAGGUGGCAAAGAAUUCUUAAAGAAGCAGAAGCUGAGUCCUGACGCAGUGGCCCAGCUGGCCUUCCAGAUGGCCUUCCUGCGGCAGUAUGGACGGACAGUGGCCACAUACGAGUCAUGCAGCACUGCAGCCUUCAAGCAUGGCCGCACUGAGACCAUCCGCCCAGCCUCCAUCUUCACAAAGAGGUGCUCUGAGGCCUUUGUCAAGGAGCCCUCCAAACACAGUACCAGUGAGCUUCAGCAAUUGGUAGCCCAGUGCUCCAAGUACCACGGCCAGUUGACCAAAGAAGCAGCAAUGGGCCAGGGCUUUGACCGACACUUAUUUGCUAUGCGGUACCUGGCGGCUGCCAAAGGGAUCGCCCUGCCUGAGCUCUACCUGGACCCUGCAUAUGGGCAGAUAAACCACAACAUCCUGUCCACCAGCACGCUGAGCAGCCCAGCAGUGAAUCUCGGUGGCUUUGCCCCUGUGGUCCCUGAUGGCUUUGGCAUUGGGUACGCUGUUCAUGACAACUGGAUAGGCUGCAACGUCUCCUCCUACUCAGGGCGCGAUGCCCAGGAGUUUCUCCACUGUGUCGAGAAGUCCUUAGGAGACAUGUUUGAUGCUUUAGAAGGCAAAUCCAUCAAAACUUAGCUUCUAAGCCAGGUGCCAAUGACUCACACCUGUAAUCCUAGCUACUCAGGAGACAGGGAUAAGAGGAUUGUCUUUGGAAGCCAACCUGGGCAAAUAGUU